AUGGCGGACAUCGAGACUCUGGACGACUUCGCCGGCAGGCUCGGUGGGAUGGCGGCGCGCUAUGCCGCGUUGGGCUCAACCCUGGAGGACGCCGCCCUCGUCAAGAAGCUGCUCGACUCGGUGCCGAACCGCCUGUACCCGGCGGUGGCCGGGAUCGAGCAGUUCUGUGACAUCGACGCGAUGGCGUUCGAGGACGCACUGGGGCGGCUGAAAGCUUUUGACGAGCGUCUGCGGCGUCAGGGGCAGGCAGACGGCGAGCGAGCAGAUGGCGCACUCAUGUUCACCGCGGCACAGUGGAGGGAGCGCGAGCGGCAGCGAGGCGGAGCUCGGGACGACGACGACGGGGGGCGCAGCGAGGCGUCGGGCUUCGGCGGGAACCGGCGCGGGCGCUGCUACAAGUGCGGUGAACGCGGGCACUUCAAGCGCGUGUGCCCGCAGUGGAAGAAGGCGCCGGCGGCGGAGCGGGCCUUGCUGGUGGACGACGGCGACGUCGAGGACGCCGGGCUGCUCUGA